CGGGGGUAGGUGGGGUUGGGGUCGAGGUGAGGCAGGGGUAACAAUAGGGUAUGGGCAAGGGGUAAAUUCAGAAACUGAAAAAGCUUAAAGUGCCGCUUAAUUAAUACAUGGGGGAGUGGUAUGCUUAAUAAGCGGCACUUUAAGCACUUCUUUCGGUUAGUAAGCGGCUUUUUAAGCAGUGUGCGUGUUUACUUCACAUGUCUUACUAACCUAACUGUGACUUUAGCAGUGAAGUAAACGCCUCCUUAGGGUUGGUUUGCAAACACUUUAAAAAAGCACUUCUCGACUUUUGGUUUUAAAAGAAUACUUCUUUUACCAAACACUACAACUUUUAUUUUUCUCGCCUUUCGUGUAAAAAGUGCUUUUAUUUUUCUAUUACACAAAAACACUUAUUUUACUAAACACUACCAACUUUUACUUUUCAAAAUCACUUUUUUCUCAAAUACUUUUCCACUUUUAUUUAAUCACUUCUUCUUAUUUCAUUAAAAAAAGCACUUUUUUAAAACCAGAAGAUGGUUGCAAACAGGCCCUUAAAAUGUCUAAAAUGAAUACUCCACUUUAGGGGUGGGCAAACGGGUCUUGGAACCGCGGUCCGGUCCGGGUAAUGACGGUUCGGGUCCAAAACGGGCCGGUUCCAUUUUUUGUUGCAAGAAAACGGUUCAGGUAGGGUUGGGUAAUUUUUUUUAAAGACCCGGGCCGGUUCCAAAAUAAAAAAUUACCGGGUACCCGCCCCGCCCCGUUAUAUAUAUAUAUUGCAUAGUAAUUUUUUAAUACUUAGGCCUCUGCCAACUCUGAUUACUUAGCCCUAUGAUGUAUCUCAAAUUCUCUAUAUUUUAGUUUUGGAGUUCUUUUAAGCUACUAAUGAAUAUGAGUUGUAAUGUUGUUAUUUUGGUAUUGUCAUUUUGGACUUGAAGGUAAAUUAUGUUGUUAUUUUGGUGUAGUCUUUUCGGACUUGAAGAGUUGAAGGUUUACACUUUACUAUGAUGUUUGGUGUAGUCAUUUGGAAACUUAAGAGUGACUAUGUUGCUGAUUUUUGGAACUUCUUUAAUUGUUUGGAACUUAGAUAUAUGAAGUUAUGGAGGAUUGAACUUGUCACUUGUGUUAGGUGUGCACCAGUAUGUUGUUAUGUUGAAACUUGUCAAUGUACUAUACGGAGUAUUAUUAAUCAUUGAUUAUUGAUUUUUGGAACUUUGUAAGUUUUUACUACUCGUAUUUUUAAAACAUGAAAAUAGGAAUCGAAAAACCUGAUCCGGACCGACCCGUCUCAAACGGGCCGGGUAAGGUCCGGUUCCUAUUUUGAAAAUUGCAAUACCUGAACCGGACUGGACCGUAUAAUGGAACCGGCGGUUCCAUUUUAUUUUGCUUUACCCGCCCUGACCCGGCCGUGCCCAGCCCUACUCCACUUAAUCAAUUUGUUUAAACUAAUCUACAUAUGAGCUGUGUUUAGUACUGGCGUAAGUGGAAUAUCUUCAUCGUCGGAACUGGUUUAAGGUGAAAAACCCGCACUAAAAAUGGCGGAAGCGGAAUAUCCAAAUCGGAGCCCCGAAAUCCGAAAGGAUGGAAUCAAUGACAGGUGGGUGAUAUUCUCGCCAGCGAGAUCACGACGGCCGUCGGACUUCAAGGCCAAAUCGAAUCCUAACCCGAAUAACCAAUCGGGGUGCCCAUUCUGCAAGGGCCAUGAACACGAGUGUGCGCCGGAGAUAUUCCGCAUCCCUCCUGAUGCCACCUCCGAUUGGGGAAUCAGAGUUAUCCAGAACCUCUACCCGGCCGUCAACAGAGACUUGCAUUUCCAGGCUGAGAAUAAUCAUGAUUCAUUGCACGGCGUCGUUUCGAUACGCGGAUUCGGGUUUCACGAUGUGGUGAUUGAAUCUCCGGUUCACUCGGUUCAUCUUAGCGAUCUUUCACAGGCAUGGAUUGGGGACGUUUUUCUGGCUUUCAAGACUAGGAUCGACCAGAUUCGCAUUAAUCAGUCCAUCAAAUAUGUCCAGGUCUUCAAAAAUCAUGGGGCAUCAGCCGGUGCAUCUAUGAGCCACUCUCACAGCCAGAUUAUUGCUCUUCCUAUUAUCCCUCCCACAGUUUCUGCUCGCCUCAGUAGUAUGAAGGAGUAUUUUCAGCAGUGUGGGACUUGUUCUCUCUGCAAUGUUCAUGCAGAUGACUUAAUGAUCACUAAGUCAACCCAUUUCACAUCUGUGGUUCCAUUUGCUGCUACAUUCCCUUUUGAAAUAUGGAUAAUCCCUCGGAACCACUCUGCCUUUUUUCAUGACCUAGACAGCGAGAAGGCAUUUGAUCUGGCCGGGCAGUUGAAACUUGUGCUUUUGACGUUGUCCUCACAGCUGAAUAAUCCACCAUUCAACUUCAUGAUUCAUAGCUCCCCAUUCGAAGUUGAUCCUUCAUAUUUACCAAGUUGCCAUUGGUAUCUCCAAAUAGUGCCCCAUUUAUCCGGGGUUGGGGGUUUUGAGUUAGGAACUGGAUGUUACAUAAAUCCUGUUUUCCCAGAGGAUGCAGCUAAAAUUUUGAGGGAAGCAAGUUUGGCAGUAGAGGUGACAAAAAUGAAAAUGGGAGGCUGACAUAUGCCCCAUUAUGGGAUAUCUAUUCUUCAUGGAAGCAAAGCUGGUGGAUAUGGAUUUCAGCUUCUGCAAAAUGUUUCUUGAGCUGUGGUGGAUGUUUAUGAAUUUUGCUAGUGCUCAUUGGGCUUCUUCAUAUUCAUACCUGCUUGAUUACCCCAUUGGUUUUAAUGUCGAUAUAGUAUUAAGGGCUAACAUUCAAUGUAAAAUUCCAACCUUAGAUCUCAUCCAAACAAUAUCCUUCUUUUUUAAACCUUGCAGAGCUGUCUGGGUUUGAACUUUGAAGGGCCACUGAAGGUUUACCCGGGGUUUAACUUUAAGGCUGGCGAUGGAAUUACUCGGGGGCUCGGGGCAAAAGUUCCAGGGGACACUUGCGUGUUAUAAAAACAACUUUGUAUGUCACAAUUUUGUGUAAAUCAUGUGUCUUUCAUAAUAACCUCAAAGAGAUAAUUUUAUCAAUAAAGUGAUACUCCAUCAAAUCAUAGUCCCUGUCUUUUAACACUACUAAAUUUGACACUUUUGGAGAAUGAUG